ACUUCAUAUAUAAACCAACCGCCACUGCAUAUAUCCGACCUCUCUCUCUCCCUCUCAGAAACACACGCACAAUAAAACUCGUGUUUUUCUCUCUCGGUUCAGGAGAGACGAAGAAAACACUCGGAAAUAUUUCUAAUCAACAUACAAUAUAUUUGUAUAUACGUACAUAUACGCGUGCAUACGUGCAAAUUGUGCAUACACACACUGCCACAUUGUUUCGCACGAAGCUGGGAUAAACUGUCUUCUGCUUCUUCAUUGAUACAUUGAAGGAGACCCAAUGUUAUUUUUUUUGAUGAUAGGAUAAUUUAGCGGUGAUCUCCGUAAAGGGCUGUUGGAUCACAAAUUCUUUCCAAUUAGAGUAAAUAAAGCGUGAUUGUUGAAGAUUUGACAAUUAUAGAGCAACAAUAAUCAGCGGAUUGGGAUGAAGAGGUCUAGAGAUGAUGUGUUUGUAACUUCUCAAAUUAAGCGGCCCGCCGUUUCACCUCGCGUCGAACAGUCUGGGCAAGUCCAAUUAUCAACUGCAAGCAGCGCCCAGAGGCUGACAAUGACUGAUGCCUUGUCAUAUCUCAAAAACAUGAAGGAGAUGUUCCAAGACAGAAUGGAUAAAUAUGGAGAUUUUCUUGAUGUCAUGAAAGAUUUUAAAGCUCAAAGAAUUGAUACAUCCGGUGUCAUAUUGAGAGUGAAAGAGUUAUUUAAAGGUAACCGGGACCUAAUUUUGGGUUUCAAUACGUUUUUGCCUAAGGGACAUGAGAUCACCCUCCCACUGGAGGAUGAACCAUUACUCAAAAAGAAGCCAGUAGAAUUUGACGAAGCAAUCAGUUUCGUUACCAGAAUCAAGACAAGAUUCAAAGGUGACGAUCAUGUGUACAGAACCUUCCUUGACAUUUUGAAUAUGUGCAGAAAGGACAAUAAAUCUUUGACAGAGGUUUAUAAAGAGGUUUCACUUCUUUUUCAGGGCCAUCCUGACCUACUUGUCGAUUUUACUCAUUUUUUACCUGAUACUUCGAGUGCUCCCUCUGUUCACUAUGCACAUUCUGGUAGGAACCAUAUCCUACUUGGAGACGAUAGAGGCUCUCCGAUGACCUUAACAAGGCCCACUCAUGUUGAAAAGAAGCCUGCACUUUGUGAUGGGCUUGUCAAUCACUUUGACUUUGAACAGUUUGAAAAGGAUAAGGAGAAGGGAGAAGAUGGACAAAAAAAUGAGUGGGAACAUGAUGAGAACUUAAGUCACAGAAGAAAAUCUUCUCUCCGAGAUGAUUGUGCCAUUAACCAGUUUCAUCGAGGGAUGCCGGAAAUGGAGUCAGAUUUCCGUGAUAAAGUGAAAGAUCGACUACGUGAUCCUGAUAUUGAUGAGAAAUUUUCAGACUGCAUUCGCUCCUUUAAAAGCAAGAUUGCCACCGCAGCUCAAUUCCGAAUACUGGUAAGUAGCUUGCUUGGAACACAUAAAGAUGUUACAGAGGCAUGCGAAGAUUUUGUAACUUACGUUGAGAGGAAUGCUUCAGGAAGCUUGCGGAACAAUAAGCAAGUUGUUAUAUCUUUAAAUCACGAGAGAGAUGGAGGUGAUCACGACUGGGAAGACCGAGAGAAAAGAAAAGACUAUGACAUCAGAGAAAGGGAUAGACGCGAUAGAGGUCUUGCCUCAAACACUAAAGAUGUCAUAGGACAGAAGAUACCUUCUUAUACAAGUAAAGAGAAGUUUAUGUCAAAACCCAUUCAAGAUCUCGAUCUAUCUAAUUGUGAGAGCUGCACUCCUAGUUAUAAACUUCUUCCAGAAAAUUUCCCGAUUCCAUCAGCAAGCUGUAGAACAGAGAUUGGUGCUAAAGUACUGAACGAUCGUUGGGUAUCCGUUACUUCAGGAAGUGAAGAUUACUCAUUCAAACACAUGCGGAAAAAUCAGUAUGAAGAAAGCUUGUCCCGGUGUGAGGAUGAUAGGUUUGAACUUGACAUGUUGUUGGAAUCGGUAAAUUCAACAGCCAAUCGUGUUGAAGAACUCUUAGACAGUAUGAAUGCUCAUACAAAUAAAAUGGAAAGUUCAGUUUGUAUUGAAGAUCACCUGUCAGCAAUUCACCUCCGAUGUAUUGAACGUUUAUAUGGUGACCAUGGGCUAGAUGUAAUGGAUGUAUUAAGGAAAAAUGCACCUGUAGCACUGCCAGUUAUUUUAACCCGGUUGAAGCAGAAACAAGAAGAAUGGGCAAGGUGCCGUGAUGAUUUUAACAAAGUUUGGGCUGAAAUUUGUUCUAAGAACUACCAUAAAUCACUUGAUUAUAGGAGCUUCUACUUCAAACAGCAGGAUACAAAGAACUUGAGCGCCAAAGCAUUGUUAGCUGAUAUCAAAGAGAUGAGCGAAAAGAAUCAGAAUGAAGAUGAGAUGGUCCUCUCUAUUGCUGCUGGGUUUACACAGCCCACUAAGCCUCAUAUGGAGUUUGAGUAUCCUGAUCUUGACAUCCAAGAUGAUAUAUAUAAGCUCAUGAAAUAUUCAUGCGAAGAAGUUUGUACACCUGAACAACGUGACAAAAUCAUGAAGAUUUGGACAACCUUCCUGGAGCCUUUGCUUUAUGUUCCUUCCUGUCCUCCUAGUGCUGAGGACGAAAAACAUGUUUUUAAGGCUAACAAUCACACAAAGCAAAACUUGAACCAAAUUGGUCGGGAGAAUAGUAGUCAUGCUCAUGAGGUUGCUUACUGUGAACGUGCAGAAAUGUCGAAAGGUGGAUAUGAAAUUCAACCAGAGAAUUCCUUUGGCAGCGGAGCACGAAUCGCACGUGGUAAUAAUGGGGAUAUUAGUGAUGAUUCUCCUGGUUCAUAUAAUGUUGCCAGUAAGAGUGAUAUAUUAUGUAAUGCAUCUCCAGUUGCUCCGGGAGAAAAUAACAUGAAUGAGGAAAAUGAUUCAGCCACAUUGAAGGAAGAUGGCCAUGCAAAUGCAGAUUGUGGGGUAGCAGUGUCGCCUAGUCAAGAAAUCCAGGAUGAUGCUAUCACAAAACUGAUUUCAUGUUCAACUGAGAUGGAGCUGGAAGAGGUUAAGUUUCAGAAACACCAUGAACAAAAUGAAAGUCGCAGUAAAGGUGAGCGAGAAGAGGGCGAAUUAUCUCCCAAUAGAAUUUUAGAGGAAAACGCUGUUGCUGCUUAUACCAACACCAAAGUGGAGCAGACUCUCCCUAAAAGUGAUCCAAGUGCUAGGGAAAUGGGAGGAGGAGAAGAAAUGUGUGUUGAGGAAGCUGGAGAAGAAACUGAUACUAAUGCUGAUAAUGAAGGCGAGGAAAGUGCUCGGGUCUCAUCAAAAAGUGAAAAUGCUUCUGAAAAUGGCGAUGAUUCAAGAAGUGAGUCUGCAAAUGGAGAAGAGUGCUCUCCUGAAGAACCUGAUGUUGAUGAUGCAGACCAUGAUGAGAGUGAUAAGAAAGAUGAGAGUGAAGGUGAGGAGGCAGACCGCAUGGCAGAUGUCGAUGACACUGAAGGAGUGAUUCCCAUUUCUGAUCGUCUUUUACAGACAAUUAAGCCACUCACAAUCAAUAUCCCUAGUGCAUUAAAAUGCAAAGAGAAGAAUUCUCGUAUCUUUUAUGGAAAUGAUUCACUCUAUUUGCUUUUCAGGCUUCAUCAGAUGUUGUAUGAAAGAAUGCAGACUGCCAAGUUGCACUCUUCAUCUCCUGAAAAUAAAUGGAGGGCUUCAAAUGAUGUAAAUUCAGCGGAUUCCUAUGCUAGAUUUAAGGAUGCACUACACAGUUUGCUGAAUGGAUCAUCUGAUAAUGCGAAGUUUGAGGAUGAGUGUCGAGCUCUAGUUGGUUCCCAGUCCUACAUCCUUUCUACAUUAGACAAGCUGAUACAUAAACUUGUCAAACAGCUACAAUUCAUUGCAACCGAGGAGAUAGAAAAUAAAUUCCUCCAACUCUAUUCAUAUGAAAAAUCAAGAAGUCCCGAAUCAUUUUCUGAUGCAGUGUACUAUAAAAAUGCCCGCUUUCUUCUUAUGGAUGAUAACUUGUACCGAAUGGAGUUCUUGCCUGGCUCAAUGCGUUUGACUAUACAGUUGAUGAAAGAUGAGCUCGAUAAACUGGACCCAGCAGCCGUCUCCAUGGACCCCUACUUUGCCUCUUACUUGCACGAUGAACUCCUGGCAGUUCCUGAAAUAAACGAAAAGCCCGGGGUAUUCUUGAAGAGGAAUAAAAAGUUAUAUUCAAGCGGAGAUGAAUAUUCUGAUAUGUGCAAAGCCACGGAAGGACUUGUAUUUCAUAAUGGGGUCGAGAUGAAGGUGAACUGCAACUCGUUGAAGGUCUCGUAUGUUCUAGGCACGGAAGAUUUCUUGUAUCGGCCAAGGAGGAGGAGGAAGGUUCUGUAUGACCAUGAGCGGUUGCCAAGUCGAGGCCAGACGUUGCAAGUUGAUGCUUAGCAGUAGUCACCAUUCACCAACAACAAGUAGGCCAAACUUGCCUUUAACUGUAGCGGAAUGCAGUGAGCUCUUUAAUAAAGGUGAGUUGAUGAAAACUUGAGUUAUUUAAAAUGGGAGAAAUAUGUAUCCUUUCAGUUUUGUCUACUCUUUCCAAUUGCCAUAUGCAUUCUCUUUUAGUCUAAUGUUUUUACUACUUGUAGUAAAGUCAAUAAAAUAUCUUUACUUCACUACAUUUCUAUGUAGGUAUAUGUUUUUUUGUGAAUAGAUGAAUAUAUGCUUAAGGGAUGCCUUAUCUGUGCCA